AUGAGUGAUGAAUUGCUGUUUCUUUCUGCAGUUCUCAGUCUUUCUGUUGAUAUGUCAUGCAGUGGGGGUAUCUCUGGAGCUGCGGAUGACAAAAUUGUUAUAUUUACUCUGGAUGAGUCUAUGGGUUCAUGUGUGAUCAAGAAAGAAAUUUGUUUGGAGCGGCCUGGCAUUUCAGGAACUUCAAUUCGGCCAGAUGGCAAGAUUGCUGCAACUGCUGGCUGGGAUCACCGUGUAAGGAUAUACAACUAUCGCAAAGGAAAUGCUUUGGCCAUAUUAAAGUAUCAUCAUGGCACGGUAUGCCUCUAUUUCCAUCUUUUUUGCUGUAGAAUGAAUAUUUAAAACAGGAUCAUCUUCACUGUACCAGUUCUGUCCAUCAAUCCCCCACCGUUUCUUUGCUUGCCUAUUCACCUCUUGGUAGAAAUAGGCAUGUGUCUAUUCCAUUGUGUUUUUAUUAAAAAUGGAUACAUUUAUUUUUAUAUGUACCUAAAACAAUCACAGUGCUUUACUGCAUGCUGCAUUAUCCUAGAAAUGGGAUGACAAUGCAGAAGAAAAAGAAGUUCUAGUAUUCCAUUGUCU